GAAAGACUAGGUUAGAAACUUUUGAUAUAACGUCGUAUGGAAUCAUCUGACAAGUCCAAGAAAGUCCGGUUGUCGUCUAGUAACAUCCUCACUUACAGAAGAGAUGAACGCGGAGUAAUACAAUGGGACUGCUUUCAAGCGCCAGAUUCAGCAAAGCAGACGACAGGCGACUUCGACGAACCGGAUGGAGACGCCGCAAGCGUGUUCACGACACAACAGUCAGUUCCUACUGGCCAGAAUGACAGCUGCAGACGUUCUGUUAAAUCACUGAAUAAUUUCUACCCGGGGACCGGAAAUUUGUACCAGUUUCAAGAUCGCACUCUGCUGACAGGAAGUGUGGAAACAAAUCACCCACUACUGCAAGGGUGUGGGAUGACAGGAGAUUUCCCGCCAUGUGCAGCCACAGGAAGUUCUGCUUCACCCCUUAACGACUCUGAAGUGAAGGUUUGUGUGAAUGCAGAGCGCAUGUCUGAUGCAACCGGAUGCUUCCCCUCGCAUUACUCGCCGUUAACUCCACCGGCGACUCCAAAGAAAAGUCACAGAGUUCUGCGGCAAGGUGAAGGUCAAGGAACUUGUCAAGUUCAAGGUUUUUCAUGCCACAAGCCCCAAACACCAAGAGAUGGAUCAAAGUUUUCGUUUCCGGACAGCGUCGCCUCUGCACAGAAAUGGUCAUGCCCGCCCUCACCGAGGACUAUCAACUCGCCGGAACUAGCCGCUGAAGCCGCUGUCUCGGGUCAGCGGAAAGAAAACGUCAGUCUUAUCUCCCCUUGUCCGCCAGGAGCAGGCUACACGCCGAAGUCCCCGGUUGUUUUGUUCCAGUUUGACAGCAAUGUGGAUGAAACGAUACUCAAGAGAAUCAUCAAGAAAUUUAACGACGAUGUGGCGAAGGAAGCGGAUGAAAUAAAACCUAUAACUCUCCAGGAUCCACCGAAAAUCCAAACAAAAGAAGAAACAAGUCCGAUGGAGCGACAAUGCAAUUGAGGCUAACGAACAAGGGGAGAUCACCGCACCAGACGUUGCCUGUAUGGAAGAGCAAGAGGAACAAUCUGCAGAAUCCAACCACGAAGGUCAUACUGUCCCAUUAUUAAUAGAUGGAAGUACGACGGGACCACCUUUGCACAAUAAGGAGGAUUUGAUACUCAGACCAGGUGUUGGGUAUUCGGAAGAAGUUUCUCUUCAACCGGGAUCAUGCUACGAUGAUUAUAUAGAAACGUGGCACAAGCAAAAAUCAGUUGGAG